GAAGGCAGUACAGAGUACAACUGAAAGCAGUUGCAGUUGCAAUAGUUUCCUCAGAGGCUGUGGCAUGCUCAGUGAGCUGCAGGGGUGCUCUGACACAUUCAGCCACUUAGGAGGAGAAGUAGGAAUUUUAGUAGGUUUUAACAAACAGAUGUAGACUACUGGCUGAGAGGUACAACAGCAUAGCUCAGGCUGGCUAAAAACCACUACUCAUGCUGCAAUGUAAACAAAGCAAGAUCUUAAUAUCAAGAUGGCCGWCUUGGAAGUCUACUUGUAGCUCAUAAUACUUAUGCAAAUGAGCUGCAUGGCAGUGGCUUACCCAGAGGAGGGAGCCCAUUUUGCACGUGCCAUCUUCUUGUCAGGGCUAAGAUGGAGAGCACAGAGGAACCUCAGAAAAAAGUCUUUAAAGCACGAAAAACAAUGAGAGUAAGUGAUCGGCAACAACUUGAAGCUGUCUAUAAGGUUAAAGAGGAGCUGUUGAAGACAACUGAAGUUAAACUGUUAAAUGGAAAACAUGAAAAUGGAGAUUCUGAUAUAAAUUCCCUUUUAAGCAAUACGGAUUGCAUGGCAGAUAAAAAAGAAAUUAAUGGCGUAGUUGACUUGUGCAAUAACUCUGAAGAAGGAAGAACAGCUUCUGAUGAAGUUAGUGAGGCCAAAAGCCCUGAAAGUGAGGCAGGGAACAUAGUCAGUGAAAUAGAACCCAAACCUCUAAAACUGUCUCCACAAAAUGUUACUCCUGAGCAAGCUAAAGACACUGAUACUACAGUAAAUUGUGAGGCUGAAAAUGGAGUGGUUGGUAGCAAUAAAGGUAACUUACAUGAAGAAAAUAGUGGAAAAGAUCAUUUAGACCAAAGAAAGAGUGAUAUCCCAUUGGAAGGUGAAAGUAAAUCAGUCUGUGAUAUUAGUGACACUUCAGAAGAGAAGGGAGAAAUGAAUGAUUUAACUGUUAAUUCCAAUUCAUCUGGGGAGGAAAAGAGGACUGAAGAAGUAACUGUUGAAGAGGCUGUUGGAGAAGCAGCCAUCUCUAGCAGUGUGGAAGAUGACCAGGAAAAACAAGAACAAAAUGCAGGACUUUCAGAAACCACAGUUCCAAAGACAAUAGAUGAGCCAAGUGAAAGUAUCUUGGACAAUUCUGAUUGUAUGGAAACAGAUGAAAUUAUUCCAAUUUUGGAAAAACUAGCACCUGCUGAAGAUGAUCUGAGCUGUUUUUCCAAAAGUUCUUUGCUUCCAGUGGAUGACACAGUUCCUGAUUUAGAAGAGAAAAUAGAUAACUGUUUGGGUUCACCAUCCAAGCAGGAAAGCAAUGAAAGUCUGCCGAAAGAGGCUUUCUUAGUACUGUCAGAUGAAGAGGAUCCCUGUGAUGAGAAAGAGGAACAUGUUGAAGAGAUGCUACCAAACAAGUCAAGUCUUCCAGAAGAGGUGGAAGGAGAGAGAAAAAAGGAGAGUGAAGAUAAAGAAGAGGCCCACAAAGAAGAAAAGAAACAAACAGAGAAAAGUGAAGCAUCAAAGAGAAAACGUUCCAAAUCUGAGGACAUGGACAAUGUUCAUUCUAAACAUCGUCGGUACAUGGGAGAAGAUUAUGAAGCAGAACUCCAAGUAAAAAUUACAGCCAGAAAGGAUGUUGACCAAAAAUUACAAAAGAUUAUCCAGAGACUUUUAGAAGAGAAAUUUACCGCUUUUCAGUGUGCGGUAUUUGACAAAACUCUGGCAGACUUGAAAACCCGAAUGGAGAAAGUGGAGUGCAACAAGAGGCAUAAAACUGUGCUUACUGAAAUGCAGGCUAAAAUUGCAAGAUUGACAAAGAGGGUUGGAGCAGCCAAGGAGGACUUGAAGAAGAGACAGGAAAAUGCAGCAAAUGCACCCGUAUCUCCAGGAAAAACAGCUGUUGACACUACAAAUGUAAACAAUGCCACGUAUCGAAAUGCUGGCACAGUGAGGCAGAUGCUGGAGUCAAAAAGGAAUGUAGGAGAGAGCACACCAGCAACUUUUCAAGCUCCUGUGAGUACAGUGCCUGCUUCCAGUCUUGCUGCUUCUCCAGCAGUUGUCAGUGGACAUCCUAAGCUUCAGACUCCAGUGUCUUCCACCAGCUCUUUGACAACAACAGUUCUUCCCACAGCUAGCACAGCUACAGUUGUAGGCGCUAACCAAGUGCCCACCGGCAGCACUCAGUCGGUGUCUGUCUCAUUGCAGUCUUUGCCCGUAAUCCUGCAUGUGCCUGUUGCGGUCUCAUCCCAGCCUCAGCUUCUGCAAAGCCACACAGGGACUUUGGUCUCUAACCAGCAGUCAGGCAACGUUGAAUUUAUAUCCGUACAAAACUCGUCUACAGUUGGUAGCCUUUCUAAAACUACAGUGUCUUUGGCAUCAACUAACACAACUAAACCAAAUAACAUCCCACAUGUGCCCAGUCCUGGUAUUCAGAGGAACUCUACCGCCAGUGCUGGGUCAAUAGGUACAACGUUGGCAGUGCAGGCUGCUCCUACUACACAUCCUGUUGCCCAGACCACAAGGACUUCUUUGCCCACAGUGGGUACUUCAGGACUUUAUAAUGCAACCGCCAGUCGAGCUCCCCUACAGAUGAAGAUUCCCCUCUCUACAUUUGGUAGUACAACUCCUACUGAACCACCCGCCGUUGCAGCACCCAAGAUUGACAACCAGACGAGCAGGCCACCAACAGAUACUUCAGCAAACAAACGACCUGCAGAGGGAGCAACACAGUUGAAACAGGAAGAGACUUCAUCAGAAAAUAAAGAAGCAGUAGAAGCAGCACAGAUGAAUUUUAACUUCCCUGAGGAUGUCCUCUUUGGCUUGGAGGAAGAGGAAGAGGAUGCUAAGAGCAUCAAAAACACCCACAAGCAGACUGGCUGGGCAGCUAACCUAUUAAAACAGUGGCUGGCCAAAAAUGGCAAGGAUCCUAGCUUUGAAUUGGUCCCAGUAAGUGAACUCAAUGAUAUCUUAAGAGAGUUUUAUUACACAAUAAGAAAUCAUGAUGGAAAUACCUACAGUGUGGCAAGCUACAAGUCAAUGCGUGCUGGCUUAAACCGGCAUCUCAAAAUGCCACCUUAUAAUCGUCAGAUUUGCUUAAUGAAGGACAAAGAGUUUGCCAGUGCAAACAUGGUGUUUGUGAGCGUGCUGAAGAUGCUGCGCAUGCAGGGAAAGGAUGAGACUCACCACCAUCCUCCUAUAGCUGCCGAGGACUUGCGUAAGAUUAAGCAGUCUGGUGUGCUGGGUUUGCACAGUCCACUGGCACUCGUCAACAAGGUGUGGUUUGAUUUGCAGUUGCAUUUUGCCAAGCGAGGGAGGGAAAUUCUGAGAGAUCUGGCUCCAGAUGCGUUUGUUGUUGAGAAGGACAAGAACGGGCGUCGGUAUGCUAUGUUUAGGUAUCCUGGCAAAGGAAAAUGUGGAGAAGAUCCUCAUAAAAUGGGUAAAAUGUAUGAUAUGCCUGGGGAUCCAAACUGUCCUGUUUUUUCCUUGGAACUUUAUUUGUCUAAGUUGCCUCCAGAGCCCCCUGCCUUUUACCUGCACCCUUUAAAGCUAACGUCAGAGCAAAUGCAAGAACAGCCUGUCUGGUACAAAAGAGAACCAAUGGGUGUUAAUUACCUGGGUACCAUGAUGCCCAGGAUAAGUGUGGCAGCUAGGCUCUCUCAGCGGUACACCAAUCAUUCUCUCCGAACUACCACCAUCCAGCUACUGUGUGAAGCAGGACUGGGGCCUAGAGAAAUAAUGGCAGUGACAGGCCAUCGCUCCGAGUCUGCUAUUAGACACUAUUGGGGAUCUGCAGAGGUUCGCUACAGGGCCUGGUCAGAUAUAAUGGAAAAUAAUGCCCCCAGUUACCUACAUAGCAAGAUCCCAAAUGAAGUGAUAAAAGAAUCAGUAUCUGGUGCAUCCACCUCUUCUGUAAAACAUGUUCUAGAACAAAACAAAAUUUUAUUCCCUACAAAAUCUGUGGUAUCACCUGGCACUAACUGUGUAGCUUUAGUCCCUGAGGAACACCCAGCUCUGAAUUGCAGAAGCCCUGUCCUGUUGAACCACAGUUCUUCCAAGGUGUUUCUCCCCAAGAGCAUGACCAGUGGGAGCCUAACUGCCGGUCCCCUUCAAGGCUGCGGUAACAAACCUGUCUUUAUAAGGCGUGUGAUAAAACAAGAACCAAUGACUUGAUGCUUCUGUAAUAGAGCUGAUUUCAAAUGAAUUGCUUAAAUGGAAAAAUUACCAGAGUUGUUUCUUUACUUGGUCUUCUGAGGAAAUUUCUUAUGGUCUAGUUCAGCAAGAAGUAUCCUGUUCACACUCAAGAUAUGAGCUAUGGAGCAGAAACUUAAACAGGGCUUGGAGUUUGUAUGGCCUUUUGUGGCAGCUGGGACUCUUUGAAGUGGCUGAGCAGAACUAUUUAAAAAAUAUUAAAGGGAGAUACUGAUUUCCAUUUAGCUGAAGAUAGGCUUUCUUCACUGAGAGUGUGGCUUUUAUAUUUUGUGAAGUGUUAUUUAUCAUACCAUUUUGUGCCUGCUGGCAUAAUGUAGCAUCUUGCAAAUCAAAUACUUGAUUACUGAAAAGCACCAAGAAAGUAGAAACUGAAUGAAAUAGACACAGAUGCACUACAAAUAUGUACAUACGCAUGAAAACACCUGGAAUUGCUUAACUACUGUCACCCUCUGUUCAAAUUGUUAUCAGACCUACCACAGGAUUGUGCUUUUUUUUUUUUUUUUUUUAAAGCAUUCUUCUAAACUGAUUUUCACUGUGGGCUGCAGAUUUGCUUUGCAGGGCUUUCCUUUUCCUACUUAGUAUCUUUGGCUUAAGAUUCCAGUCAUUGUGUUCUCCAAAGGCACUACUGAUACAUUGGUAUUAAAAUUGGGAUCUCUUCAGUUGUGCAUGAAAUGGGGAAAACAUUCUGGAAAGAGCUGAAAACAAUUUCUUGCUUAAAUGCCAUAUAAUUAGAGUUUAAAUGUUGUCUCUGUGCUGAGAGGUUUUUUUUUUUUGUAUUUCCUCUCACCAAUCCCUUCCUUAUAUUUCACAUCAUCUUUCCACUCUAGUCUGGGUCAGUAUAAUGUAAUUCACAAGAUGUGCAUCCUGUUCUUCCCCACUGAACCCUGUACAAAUAUGUUUGGUUUUAACUUCUUCAGAUUAGUAAACUGAUCCUGUCAUUAUAUUUUGUACAGAUUUUUACAGGUUAGAAAUUCUCAGGAUAGUGGAUGUGAAGAAUAAUUUUCACCAUAGAUUCUGACAAGUGAUUUUCUUGUAAAUAAAAAUGGAAAAUUGGUUAUGGAAUCACAGAUUAUGGUAGGUCCACUUUGGAAGAAGAAACACGGUAGCAUUUAAAAUUGUUUUUCAUUAUAUAACUGAAUUGAAUAGAAAUUGCUUUGUCCUUUUCAAAUGUGUGUAUACACAUGCACUCUACACACAUGGUUUAUCACACUAAGGACUUCACUUGAAGUGUUGAUGUUGCUCAACAGCAGACAAAAUAGAGAAAAAUCCCAGCUGAAAUAACAAAUUGACCAUGAUAAACUCUUAAUUGUGUGAAGAACUUCCUUGCUGGCAUAGACUUUCAAAUAUUGAAUUAGAUUUAUCUCUCUGUUAUAGUAUAUAAUUUAUAUAGACACUGCUCUAGUCUGUACAGAGAACUUGAUGCCUGAAUUUUGGAGUUUUUAUCUUUGCUGAUAGUAUUUACCUUUGUUGCCUUGUAUAGGUUGUUUAUACUUAACAGCAUUAAUUUUCUGGAGUGUAAGACCAGCACAGUACUCCAUUUUCUGAUGGAUCUAAUUAAAUAUUAAAAGGUUUUGAAAGUUCUAUCCUGAUCUUAUACUCAUUUAUGAUUGAGAUACUUGGUCAGAUGUAAUUGUUAAUAUAAAAAUUACUUCUGCACAGUCCUACUUCCUUAGUUGGAGCAUAGGAAAGAAAGCAUGGAUCAUUUUGUCAAGCCUAAAAUAAAUCAAUCAGAGAUGGUACAGAAAGUGAUCCUUUCUGAUGGCUAGAAGAAAGAGUGAAAAAAAGGUCGGACAGUUCUCAAAACUUAGAAGAACUGUGCAGUAACUUAUUCUAGUGUGUUUUAGGGUAGUAUAGAUUUUCAAAUUUUAGGGAUUCAUAGAAUUCCUAACUCAUCCAGAGUGGUAAAUUUAAUUUUGUUUUUGAAGAAAUUUAAUCUAAACUUUCACCAGGAUGGGUGUAUCUUACUAUUCCCCCACAAAAAAAAAAGGUUCCUGUGUUUGUCCAAGGUAGUUGCUUCUUCCAGCAUACUGGCAUUGAACAUUUACCCUCCAGGAAGAAGAAAAGUAUGUUGCCAGGAGAUGAUUCUUUUUUGUUCCCUCUUGCUGCAUGCUGUGGUCAUACUGACCACAUGCCCUGCUCUGGUUCUAACUGCAUCUGGGUGACUCAGUGCAACAGCAAAUUUCUGAUGGUUUCAUUCUUCAACAUGAAUCUAGCUGGUGAUUAAAACAGAAACAGGGACUCUUCUGGCCGAUUUUGGCAUACCUCUCAUUCUUUUUGAUUAUCAUUUGGCUUCUAACUUGACUUCCAUUCUAUUGGUUUAUAAUUGGGUAUUUUUGGACUCUCAUUUGUUAAAUUCUAAUUCUGUUGGCACCAGCUGUACAGCGUCCUCUUGCUACCUUCAGUUUGAAUCUGAUACUUCAAAGCCACUGACCGUAGUAUUACUAGCUUCUGUUUUUUUUCUGUGGGAGAACUUUCUUUUUUAAUGGUUYGGACUAGUAUUAUUGCUUCACAAGACCUGGGAUCGUUGUUUACUAAGCUUUCUGUUAAAAUCUGAAUUAAUUCUUGUUAGUAGAACAUCUUUGUAACCUUCCAUAAGUGAAAAAUCUUUCUCCUGUUUUCCCUCCCACCCAAAUUGUUAAAUGAAUCUUUCCUACCUGUAUUUUAUUUCUAGAAAAACUGAAGUAAACAGAAUGCAUAUGUUGCUGCUUUUGUAAAGUCAAUUUUGGCUGUAAGUACAGUAAUAUGGGGAGCAGAGGGUCAAGUUUCAAGUCAGUUUAUGGUGAUACAAGUUAUGUGUGAACAUACCGAAUUCUAUCAAAAGGGACAUGAAUUGUACUCCUCAGUUGCAGUGUCAGCAGAGAACCUCAAACAGCAGGAUAACAGAGUUUCUCAGGGUUUUUCCCAUUAUUUUUCUGCUAUAAGAGGAACCUGUUGUUGAACCAACAGGUUAAGUAUGGUUUGUUUGGCUAAACUUAGAUUUAGACUUUGGCUGCACAUUUAAUGCAAAAUUGCCAAUCGUCAUUUAAAAUUCCCCUUAAAAAUCUAAGUAUAACAAAUAGUUUUUGAAAGAAAUAGUCUGUGAUUCUUGAAUUUUCUAAUUAGAUCUUCACCUAAAAUCAGAUUGUUUCAUUUCAGUUGCGAAAAAAGCCCCAAAGAAACAAAAUCCUCUACCAAAAAAAAAAAAAAAAACCAAACCCAAAUAAACAACACAAAUGAAAAACCAGGACUUAGUUUAGUCAACUAAAUUAAUUUUUUUUCCUACUAGCUGCUGUAUUAUUGAUUAAAUUCCAUUUCCUUUGAUGGAGAUAACCCUGGAAACAGUGGAGAAUGACUGGUUCCUUAUAUAAUACUUCCAUAAAUUUAGUUUUGCAUCUCAUUUUCAUAAUUCAGCUUUGAUACUAGUGCUGUGAAUCUAGAACUUGUUUUCUCUGUGUUUUCCUGUUAAGUUUGGAAAUCUCAGCUGUUACUUUGAGGGGUACUCUAAUUUUUGUUUUUAUGACGUUGGCAUGGUAUCUUAAAGUAUGUUAAAUUUUCUUUUCUAAAUGCACCUUCUCUGUACCAUGUGAAGAGUUCCACUGUGCACAGUGUCAAAUACCCGAAGGCAUUGGAAGGGUGCUUUGAAAUUGAAUUUGUUCUUGGUUUUGUUGUGGUUUUAGUCUAGUACCUCUGGUUAUUGUGAACUGUACAGCUUCUCAGCAGUUGCUGUUUAGGUCAGUAUAGUCAAAGUUUUCAGUAAGCAGUUUGGACAUGCAAUUUUGCUAUAUGACUGUUUCUUCUUUUUCAGCCUUUCUCUCUUCUUCUUGCUCCAAAAGGAGUGGCUGCAGGGAUGUGGAAGGGGGCAUCUUACUAUGUCUGUGUUAGUCUUUCAUCUGCAGCUUUUUUCUGUGUAAACAGAAAUUUAAGGGUUGCUAUUUGGCCCCAGUGAUUUUACCAAUGGCAGUUCCAGUGCCUCGGGUCCUUGAGUAGCAUUUCUGAAGACAUGACAAGCACUUUUAAUGUAUUGGGAUAAAUAUUAUUGUUAUAGAGGCAAAGGCAUUUUAAAUUAUAUAGCAAAUCUUUAGAAUGGUUUGAAAGUAUUUUAGUAUUAAUCCCAGUUAUAGAUACAGGAUUUAUAUAUAUUAUAUAAAUAUAGCUAUGGUAGAAUGAGAAAACCUAUGAGAGCAGUGUUAUUAUACUGUAACAUAACACUGAACAAAUCUUAACAGAGUUUGAUGUGUUAAAAAUGUCUGGUGUAAGUCAAUCUUCAAGAAUGUUUGCAUUAUAUUUAUUAAAACACCAAGUCAGGUGAAUAGUUGAGUAUUUUUUUUUCUGUUCCCUACUUCAUGUGCACCUUAUCCUGUUAAGGAGUAAAGCUUCUUUUCAAUCUGAAUUUCAUCUGUGCAUUUCACCUUACAGCUACUGUUAGUUUAUUAAAUAAAAGUCCAGCAGUAUCCUAUCAAUUUCCCAUUGUUUCUGACAUAGCUUGAUGUAUUUGGUUGAACUACAGUUUAAUUUAAGCUAUUUUCCUGACUAUUGGAAAUUCAUCUGGUAAAACAUUAAUAAAGUACAUUUGUAACUCCUAUCUCUUUACCCUGCAGUGUGUAACAAACUUUGUGAGUCUCUCUUGGGAAACAAUAUGAGCAAAGUGGAUAUGUCAGCUUACAGKUUAUAAGCAGCUAUUUUAUAUUGUCUAAUUAUUAUAGAUGAAUAUGUUCCCUUGCAUUUCAUGUUUUUUUCUCUGAAAAUAAACGUUUAUAGUUAUAUAUGUAAAAUGGGCUACGUGACUUUUGUCUCUGACCCUGGAGUUACGYUUGUGAUGUUUAAAAUGCAACUAGCUGUCAUCCGUGAGGUGGAAUCUUUGCCUAAGUAGAAAACUAAAUCAUAAAGUUGUUACCAGGAAAUCAGGUAGCUGAGUUGGAUGGCUGAUUUAAGGAACACAAUUAAAAUGUGUGACUUUUAAGGUUAGUUGUCUUUACCUGUGACUGUGUGUGUUACCUACAGCACCCUCAGCUACUGAGAGCAGUUUUUAAUGGGUAUACUUGUGUAUUAUAAACUCAAAUUUGUCAUUUGGGGCCAAAAAAAUUGGGAGUGAUGUUUAAACAAUCUAACUGAUCAUGUCAUUACUCCAGGCAUAGGUAAUAACUUUUAAAAGCUGCCGUAAACUAAUGUGAAAAGUAUUAUAAAUAUAUUUACUGUUAAAUGAGAUGAUCUUCCACCAUCCAAGAUGGCCACCCCACAUGGUACUAUUGGGAAACUCAGUGAGUCUUGGGGAAAUAAGGUAGAUGUUUCACUUUCAAAGGGUGAAAACCAGUAAAGGGAUGUGUGUGCAUGAAUGUAUGUUUGUGUUUAUUAUAUACCCUUUUAACUGUGAUAAAGGAAAAAGUGAAUCACAUCUGUAAAAAAUACUUCUAGCAUUGUGUCAUGUGUUUCUUUGUAACUUCUACUUGGGACUAUGAUUGUGAGCAUCUAAAAUCAGUUCUGGCAACCAGUCUCUUAUUUAUGUUCUUGUUAAUAGGUGUAGCCAAGCUAACAUCUGCUCUUUGCACCAAAGAAAUGAGAGGGUAUAUAAUUCUUUGAGGUUACUAUGACUGGUUAUUCAUUUUUUCCAUGCUUGCAUUGUUCUUGUUCUGUAGGAAGUGUUGCACAAUACCAGUUAAGGGUGAGGAGAGUGUAGCAAUCUUGUGAAUGCAAUAUAAAAUGUCUGUCAAAAGUGUUUUUGAGUGUUAUACAAAUAUGCAACCGCAUAGUAUCAAAACAUGUAUUGCAGCACUGUGAAAUUUGGUUUGUGUAAACUUUGAUGUUGGUAAACUGCUUCCUUUAUUGCAUUACCAUUUUCCUUUUUAUCUUGGUAAGAUAUGACAAAUGCGUUUGGUACAUGGUUGAGUAGAUUCUCAUGGCAUCUUUCCAAGGCUGAAAUAAUUACUUCAGUUUUGUGGGAGUUACUGCAUUGGAAAAAAUAACAGUUGAGAAGUGAUAAAUCUGACACUGAAGGAGUCAGUGACUGAAAUAUGCUCACAAAUGUAUUAAAAAAAAGUAAUUUUCACAACUGCUUAAACUGUGCUUGAAAUAUGUAGUUGUGUAUAUGGAUGACUAAAAAUGAAAUUCUGACCUUACAAUUAUACAUACAAACACACCUUGGCCACUCUAUCUACAUGCACCCCAUUCCCAGACCAUAUUUUUAACAUCACUACCCAUAAUUUAAGAUUGAUUUUGCUAUUAUAUAACGCUUUGSUGCAUCAUGUAUUGUUGUGAUGGUGUGAUGCUUCAUAAAUUGUCUGGUUUACAACCUCCAGAUUUUUUCUAGUUUGUUAUAGUAGGGAUGAUUAAUAAUAAAAUUGUCUGCACUGUGUCAGUUUGGCACACCUAAUCUUCAGAAUUUUGGUCUUUGCUACUCGAAUUAUUUUUUUUUAUUUUUGCAAUGUAUUUUUUCAUUUUUCCCCCUUAAUUUUUCACUUUUACAUGCUGAAAUGUUCCUUUAUGAAAAGCAGGUGGCAUUGCAAUCAACAACCUUGCUAUCUUUUUGUGAUGAACUGAACUGUGGCGUUAUAUAAUACCAAAACUUCUAAAUUAAUAUAUAUCGUGUGUGAGUAGAGAAGCGCAUAUUCAGAACUUGCAUCAAAAUACUGCUUGUAGCUUUUAGUUUUUCACUUGGUACAAUAUAUAUGCAUGUUGUUGGGCUGUUCAAUUUGAGCUUUAGAGGUUUCUUUCCCAGUUUUCUACAAUAGUUUGCCAUUGGUUUAUAUGUGC